AUGUCGAAACCCUCAAUUCUUCUAGCUCUCGGCACUGGCUUUGCUGGUAUCACCACAGGAUUUACAGCAUCCUGGCCAUUAAUAUGGUACUCGCCUUUGUCCAAUGCAAGCAACUCCAACACAGUGAAAUUACUACACCAUUCCUAUAAGAAUGCUGUCAAGACGAUUCCACCGCUAGUACUCACAGCUACUGCUUGCUUCUCUGUGUCUGCGUAUCUAUCUAACCGCGCUGUCUUGUCAGCCCCAGCCAUUCUCAUCUUCUCUCUCUUCCCUUACACACGCAUCUUCGUCUUGCCCGUGAACAAGAAGCUCUUCAAGAAGACAAAUGAGCCUGAAGGCGUCGUGGACCGAGACAACACCGUCAACGCUUUGCUGUAUAAAUGGAUGCUCAUUCACUGCGGAAGAAUCGCGCUUGCUGCAGCCAGUACAACUCUUGGCUUCGUGCAACUCUUGCAACUUAUCAAGUAA